UAUUUUGGACAGAAGAUGAGUCCGAUGCUUCGAUUGCCGCAGUGGCUGCCGCCGCUCCUGCAGACGAGCUUCUUCACGCACUGCGAAGUCCACGGCGACUCCAACAAGACCGAGUGCAACAUGUACUGCUUGGACUGCGCCGGCGACGCGCUCUGUUCUUAUUGCCUCCCAGACCACAAGGAUCACCAACUCGUUCAGAUUCGGAGGUCGUCUUAUCACAAUGUGAUUAGGGUAUCGGAAGUGUCGAAGUUGAUAGACAUCUCCUCGAUCCAGACCUACACCAUCAACAGCGCCAAGAUCGUGUUCCUCAAUGAGCGGCCUCAGCAGAGGCCCGGGAAGGGCGUGAUCAACAGCUGCGAGAACUGCGGCCGCGGCCUCUUGGAUUCCUUCCGCUUCUGCUCCAUUGGCUGCAAGCUCGAAGGAAUGCGGACGGACCCGGAGUUGAGCUUCGCGGUCCGCCCGAAACCCGGUCGCGAGUGGAUGCGAGGAUCCGAAUCCGACGAGUCGGUGUCGUCGCAGAGGAAGACGCCGGUACCUCUAGUCUCCGGUGGCAAUGAUGGCAGCGGGAGCGUUUCUUCGGAGACUACUGCCCCGUGCCGGCCGAGGUCCCGACGAAAAGGCAUACCCCAUCGAUCUCCAUUCUGAUUACAUUCGUGGACAUUAAUGUAGGAAUGCAUUGAAGUUUAAG